GAGUAAAGGAUGGUUAGAAGUUAGAAGAAAGCCAGAUUGUUAGGGACUAGUGGUUUGAAAGAGCUUAUUCUCUUAUUAGCAGGCUAACAGCACAUGACUACUCCUCUUUAGGAUUCCGUUAAACGACUUUUAGUAGAUAGUAAAUGAAGUCAACUCAGCACUGCGAUAGCUUUUAACAAGGUUUUCAUUCACUUUGAUUUGAACCACACAACACGUUUUAAAUGCAACGCUGUUUGAUUUAUGAGAAAAGUAUGGCAGCCGAGACGAGGAACGGCGGGAGUUCACUGAACAACAAUAACUGCAAAGACCACAGCCGGAGAAAGUUACUGGUCGGAGUGGAUCUCUUCUGCUUGUUUUUAGCCGGCCUGCCUUUCUUGGUCAUUGAGACCAGCGCUGUUCAGCCUUACCGUAGAGGGUUUUACUGCGACGAUGAGUCCAUCAAGUACCCGGCCAAAAACGGAGACACCAUUAGCGACGGUGUGCUUAGCGCUGCUGGCAUUCUUAUCACCAUCCUGUCUAUCAUCAUAGGGGAAAGCUACAGGAUCUACUAUUUGAACGAGGGAUCCAAGUCUUUCAUAGGAAACCCCUACAUCUCUGCUCUCUACAAGCAGGUGGGCGUGUUUAUCUUUGGCUGUGCCAUCAGUCAGUCCUUCACUGACAUCGCCAAAGUGUCAGUGGGCCGCAUGCGCCCCCACUUCCUCGAUGUGUGCAAACCUGACUUCUCCACCAUCAACUGCUCCCUGGGAUACAUCACUGAUUACCAGUGCCAGGGGCCGGAGAGCAAAGUGCAGGAAGCCAGGAAGUCUUUCUUCUCUGGGCAUGCAUCGUUCUCCAUGUACACCAUGCUUUACCUGGUGUUUUACCUGCAGUCUCGUUUCACCUGGCAUGGAGCUCGCCUGCUGCGCCCCCUGACCCAGUUCACCCUCAUCAUGAUGUCCUUCUACACUGGCCUGUCCCGAGUUUCUGAUCACAAACACCACCCCACUGAUGUCCUGGCUGGUUUUGUACAGGGAGCACUGGUGGCCUACUGCAUUGUAUUCUUUGUCUCUGAUUUGUUCAAGCCCAAAGGUAGACGUACUACUUUAUUGCCUACCCCUGUGAAGAAAGACCUUGUUCCUCCAGCAGACAUCAGAGAGCGGAGCAACCAUCUCAUCAUAGCAUAGAAAAGACUACAGACUGACUAUACAUAACCCUGACCUGUGCCAUUUCAAUCACUACUACAGCCACUGGUCUAUACUGGAUAAAAUAAACUCCAAUGAUCUGGAUAAUGCAGACAAAUGGGGAGUCUUGAUCAUCUCAGAGGAUUAGAAGAGGCCACAAAAAAACAGUCCAGCAAGUUCUGCUCCCUCCAUGGAAUUCUUUUCAUCUUUUUCCUCACAUCUCGUUUGACAUUUAAGUGUGGAAAAAGACAGGAGACUGGAGUUGUUUGUUCCUCUUCUGUUAUGAAGAUUACUGGAGAUUCUCCUCUGUCAAAACCUUUCCAUGGACUGAAGUCUGAAAUCAAACAAAACUGAGAAAGGGCAGCUGUGAACAAAGCUGUGUGGCUUCUGUGCCUUCUCCUUUAGCUGCAUCUUAGCAUGGGAGCUAACUCACGACAAAAAAACAAAUUCCUUGGUUUCAUGAAGGAUGUUGUUUUUGUUUUUUAUUACAAACAUAGGCAAUGUAUGUGUGAUUUAUAGCACUAUUUUAGCUAACUCAGUACUGUUUGUCACCACUUGAAUGACCUGAAGUGAAGCUUUGUAAAGCUUUGUAAGUUUUUUUUUUUGUUUUUAUGUCCAUAAUGCAGUGUACCUUAGAAGGCGCACAUAAGUUACAGUAGGUGGAAAGUACAGUGAGAGUGUAUGUGUUGGAUGUGGGCCUCUUUCUGCUGGCUAGGACGAGCCCCCACUGAGCCAUUUAAUGAAAUGACUGUCUGUUAUAUGUACCAGACGGGUGCUCACGGGUGUUAGGUCAGAGUGUGUGAGAGCGCACAUGUGUUCUUCACGUAUAUCCCUGUGUAUGUCUGCGUGUUUGGGUGAGGCUUUUCUGUGAGCGUGCCAGUGUGUAUUAAUGUCAUGUCUAUAUAUUUCAGUGUUUAUAGCCUACAAGCGUGGUUCUCUACAGCCAGAGAAGAGGCACCUGCUCCAACAGACACGUGUAACUAGAGACAGCAACACUGUGGAAACAAAGCAUCACACACAACACUUUUAUUUUACUGUUAUUAAUCAUAGUAAUGAUUCUUAUCAUGGAAAAAUCCUGUGAUCAAAUAUGCUGCAAAUGCAUAAACAUGUAUGUUUAACUAAUGUAAAACCAGGGAACUCCUUUAACAGUGGUUAUUUAUGGUAGCUUUUAAGCACAAAAGCACACAUUAGCAAAACAGUAAUGAAAUUAACAAUUUACUCUUUGGCACAUCUUUAAAGACCCAUUGUGAAGCCCUGGCCUCCUUGAUUACUGUUACAUAGGGAGACAGAAUCACUGUUGUUGUUUCAAAUGGGCUUCCUCCCAUUUUAAACAAGUGAAAUACUCCAUGACUUGACCAACUUUUAUUAAAUGAGAAGGGUCUGGCUGCAGACCGCAGAUCUCAGACGCUCCCCCUUGCUGACCACUUCUGUGGGACCACACCUCUGUCACAAUGGAAAUUACGUAAUUUGCCAGUGCAGUGUAUUUCUAGAUUCUAAGAUUAAAAAAAGAAAUUCCCCUUAAUUCAUAAACAAAGGCUGGCAGUUACAUUCAUUAAAAAAAUCCCAUUGCAAACAUAACAGAUGAUGCAACAUUUCCGAAAUAAAUAAAGGGUCGAGGGUCUAAUGUGGAAUUAAAUAAUGUAUAGGCCUGUUUUAGAAGUAGUUACAUGAGUGGUUGGUUGUUUUAGCUUUGCUGGCUCUGAUGAAACACUAACACAGCUAACAUUGCAAAGGCUAAGAGUAAACAAGAUAGAUUAGCUAUGUAGGUAGCAUAGUUACAAAUUAACUUACCUAAAUAUAAAGCUAACAGCUACAAAAGCAAAGUAGAUAAUGUAGCUGCAUAGGUAACUUUUAAACUAACCAAGCUACAGAGCGUAAUCUAAAGCUAAAAAAAAGCUACAUUAGCUAUGUAGAAAACAUAGCUAUGUAGCAAAUUGGUUCAAUCUAAAACUAAUGAAGCUACACCAGCUAUGUAGGUAACAUAGCUACAUAGUGAACAUAGUGAAACUUGAGUAUAAUGAUGCUACAUAGCUUAAUCUAAAACCAACAGAGCAACAUUAGCUACAUGAGCUAAGAAGAUAACAUUGCUACAGAGUAUAUGUAGCUAAAUCUUUAAUGAUGCUACAUAUCCUAAUCUAAAGCAUACAAAGCUAUGUUAGCUACAUAAGAUAAGUAGAUAACAAAGCUUCUUUGUGAAUCUAGCUAAAUCUUAAUCCAGUGAAGCUACAUAACUUAACAGAAAGCUAAUAAAGCUAUGUUAGCUACGUGAGCUAAGUAGAUAACAUGGUUAUGUUGCUAAUAUAGCUCAAUCUAAAGCUUACAAAGCUGUGUUAGCUAUGUAGGUAACAUAGCUAGGUACUGAACAUAGCUUAAUUUAAAGAUAAUUAAGCUACUCUAUCUAUAUGUAGUUAAGGUUUCUUAUGUGAGCCAAUGUAGCUAAUGUGUUAGCUGCUAGCCUUAUAGCUUUGUUAGCUUUAGAUUUAGCUACAUAGCUAUGUAAUAGAUGUUAGCUCUGAACUUAGCUUAAUUUGCUUCGGAACUAUGUUACCUACAUAGGUAAUUUGGCUUCCUUAGCUUUAGCCUUACGUUUAGAGUAAGCGUUAGAAUGUUUUCACAGAGGGCAAGCUUUUUUUCCAAUAAGAAGACUGUGUAGUCAGUUUAAUUUUUUAAAAUGUUUUGUAAUCAGGUUUUGCAGGUCAGGUUUUUGACCUUGCCUUAACUCGAACUGGAAGCUUAAUCUGAUUUUAUUUUGAAAGAUUUACCGUGUAGUUCCAUCCUGGGUGUAUCUGAGAGCUGCAGUCUGCAGCAAAACUGUCUUGAAUUGAUUCGAAUUUUUGAUAAAACUGGCCUCAUUGAAAGAAUGUAGACAAAGGUAAAGCAGGGUGUAUGAGGAUAACCCAGAUCUUUAAAAACUUGUUAAGACUGUGUAAAAUAUAACUGAAAUCUGAUAUCAGCUAACAUUAGCUGCCCUUCUUUGGUACAUUUAUAAAGUACUUGCUUUGAAAAAAGAGAUAAAUGAGAUGUGUUAAGGCUGAUAUCAAGCCUAAUUAGCUCACAUUAUAGAACAUCAACAGUGAAUUAUGCUAAUUUUUCUAGUAUGAUGUUUGCAAGUUUGCUAUUAAGUAGCGUUAAAGCUACAUAGCAGUAGCAGAACAGCACAUUCUGUCACUGUUGAAAAUGUAAUCUCUUACCUUAGAGCAUAUCAGUAUUCUUCAUGAUUGUCUCUUGGUUGAAAUGCCAGGGUAGUUGUCCACAGAUUUGAAUCCAAAGAAGGUAUUUUUUAUAGUAAACCUUUGGAAACAGAAUAAAAAUACUCUAGGAUAACAAUGUAGAUAUCUUAAGUCGCUCUUGCUGACGCCCCAUUUUCAAACCACGUUGAAGUACCAAAAUUACUUUUUGAGAUCUUGAGAAAACAACACAAAUUUGGUAUCACAGGAAAACAGCUGAUUAAAAUGUAUAGAUUUAUGUCCUCUUAGGGCUUGCAUGAGGCUCAGCUUUGUGGUAGACAAAAAAAAAUUAUGGUUUGCAUGCUGUAAGAUUAAUUGACAUUUUACCAAAUAAUAAAAAAGCUUAAACCACUGACUUAAAGCUUCAUCCCAACUUUUUAAGACUAACUGAGACAGGCGUUGAUCUAAAAGAUAUAGAAAAUAUAUUUUUUUCUCAAAUCAUGCCUUGGUAAUCUAACAAACACAUCAUCUGAAAAGUGCUCAUGCUGCCAUUAUUGUAUAAUCCUGUAUUAAUGUAUAUUAACAGUGUAUCUUUUGAAGAAACUCCCACUAUGACUUGUGUUGAGACCUGUGUAAAUGUAAAACAUGCUGCUUACAAGAGGCAAAACUCUGCAGACGUCCUCCAGUUUUAGCUGACGACUUGUGAAUAUAAAGUUUUAUGAAAAACAAAGCUCUCCUAGCAGAUAGCUUCAGUACAUUUUUAUUAAGAAAUGCUUUCAAUAUUUUUGUAAUGUUGUGAAAUUUUGUACAAUGAAACUGUAAGACGUAUCAAAGAGAUGGUGUCUUUAAUAAAGCACAAAAGAUGAAGAAGA